UUUAAAAAAAAAAUCACCAUGAAUCAUACAGCCAUCAUCAUUGUUCUUGAAUUGUUUACGAUCAUCAUCAAUACCAUUACAGCUGUAAUCAUACAUCCAUUGGAUGGUAAUGAUUGGAAUGUUUUCGAUGCAAAUAAACGAUCAAACAGUCUACCUGCUAAAGUACCUGGAACCAUUUAUUCAGAUCUUGUCAAUGCCGGUAUUCUUGAUGAAUUGUACAAUGAUUUUAAUGAUGUUAAAUAUCGUUGGGUUUCCUAUGCCAAUUGGACAUAUGUAAAAAGUUUUGAUUUUCCAAAACAAUUAUUAACUUAUGAUCAAAUUUAUUUAACCUGCCAUGGUUUGGAUACAAUUGCUAAUGUAACAUUGAAUGGUUAUCAAUUAGGUUCGGUUGAUAAUCAAUUUAUUCGUUAUCGAUUUUUGGUUAAAAAUUUGCUCAAAACUCAACAAAAUGUCAUACAAAUUAGUUUUACAUCUGCACCUGUUUAUGCAAGAGAUUAUUUUCUUCGAAAAGAAUAUCCAAUUCCACCAGUUUGUCCACCUGAAUCUCAACAUGGUGAAUGUCAUCCAAAUUUUAUUCGAAAAAUGCAAGCAUCAUUUUCCUGGGAUUGGGGACCAGCAUUCCCAACGCAAGGAAUAUGGCAACCAAUUGCAAUUGAAGCUUAUGAUAAUGUAUUGAUUCGUAGCAUAUCAGUCAAUACUGUUUAUGAACAACAAUCAAAUCAAUGGCUAUUGAAUGCAACCGUUUGGAUGGAAAGUCGACCGAAAGCUUCGAUCAAUGCAAAUCUUACACUAUCAUUGGCUGAUCAAGUGUUAAUCGUAAAAGAAUUCAAGACACAAUUCAAUUCAGAUGGUGAAGCAUUUGUAAACACUUUUGUUAUGAUUCCAAAAGAAAUGGCAAUCAAACCAUGGUUUCCGAAUGGUCUUGGUGAUCAGAUUCUAUAUCGAUUAAGUGCAACAAUUCAUACUGGACAUGAAAUGAUCAACAAACAAGUAGCCAUUGGAUUUCGAACCAUUGAAUUGGUACAGGAUCGAUUAAAUGCAUCUGUUGAAGCUUAUUCUUUCUAUUUUCGUGUAAAUGGUGUGCCAAUAUUUGCUAAAGGUUCGAAUUGGAUUCCAGCACAUGUAUUGAGCGAAAAUGUUAAACGGGAAUAUGUACAAUUUUUAUUAUGGUCAGCUAAAGUGGCCAAUAUGAAUAUGUUACGUGUAUGGGGUGGUGGUAUCUAUGAAUCAGAUUAUUUCUAUCAAUUAGCGGAUGAAUAUGGAAUAUUGAUCUGGCAAGAUAUGAUGUUUGCCUGUGCACUUUAUCCAACGGAUCCAAAAUUUAUUCAAUCAGUUUCGACUGAAAUCCGUCAACAAAUUCGUCGAUUACAUCAUCAUCCAUCGAUAGCACUUUGGGCAGGUAAUAAUGAAAAUGAAAUGGCUAUUGCUGGUAUGUGGUGGAUAGAAUUGGCUCAACAUUUGGCCGAUUAUAAACGUGAUUAUCUUCAGCUUUAUAUCGAUACAAUUAUGCCAAUCAUUUUGAAUGAAGAUAAUUCUCGGCCAUUCGUUUCAUCCAGUCCAUCGAAUGGCAUUGUUAGUCCACGAGAAAAUUACAUAUCAACCAUGCCACAAAAUAAUCGAUAUGGUGAUAAUCAUCAUUACAUUAUGUUUGGUGAUGCAUGGGAUUGGCGAACAGCACCUAGUGCAAAAUUUGUUUCUGAAUAUGGUUUUCAAUCAUUACCAUCAUUAGAAUUAUUACAUAAAUACCUGAGUGUUGAAUAUCUAAAAUAUCCAUUCAAUGAAGGACUGACACACCGUGAACAUCAAAUGAAUGGCCUAGCUUAUCUAAUUGGAUUUAUGGAUCAACAUUUACCAUUGCCAAAAAAUGUAUCCGUACCUAGUAUUGAACAUUUAGAUGAUUUUAUCUACAUGUCACAAAUAUUUCAAUCAAUGGCUAUCAAAAUACAAACGGAAUUCUAUCGUCGAAAUCGUCGUAUCAAUUAUCAUAAUGGUAAUGGAUUCACAAUGGGUGCACUUUAUUGGCAAUUGAACAAUAUUUGGCCCGGAUUUUCAUGGACAUCAAUUGAAUAUGAAGGCAAAUGGAAAAUGUUACAUUAUUAUGCUAAACGUAUGUUUGAUGAUCUAUUAGUGGAUGUCUAUGAAGAUGAAGACAAUCUCUAUGUAAUCAUUGUACGUGAUGAUCAUUCACAUGUAGCAGAUUUUAAUGUCGAUAUUGAGAUUUAUGAAUGGUCUAAACAGGAACCAAUUUCAAUGCAACGUAUUAAUUGUCUAACUAAUCCAUUUGAUAUAACCAUGGCAUUCAAAGUGAAUAUGAAUGAAUUUCUUCAUAAAUCCAGAUGUAAUAAUCGUGAUAAUUGUUUCAUAAAUGUUCGACUUAACGGUACUAUCAAUGGUCAACAAUUGAUGAGAGAUAAUUUCCUAUUGUUGGGUCAUUUAAAAAAUGCAAAACUAAUGAAUGAUCCGAAAAUAUUUCUACAAAAAAUUGAUGGUCCCUUUCAACGUGGCGGUUCUCAUGUCUAUGAUAUUGAAUUAAUUACCGAUAAAAUUGCACCAUUCAUAUGGUUAGAUCUGGUGAAUGAUUCCUCAUUAUUUGGCAUUUUUUCUGAUAACGGAUUUCAUCUAAUUAAUCGGCAAAAAUUACAAAUUUUCAUAUCGAAAGACAUUCCAAAAGAAGAUAUUGCCUCAUCGUUGCGAAUCAAAACAAUUAAUAAUCUUGUAAGAAAAAAAUGAAUCACAUU